AUUUUUUUUUCCGACUAGCCGCAGAAGAGAGCCGCUCUGCACCCUGAACUGUGUCCAGUCAACAUGAAGUUAAUACGUAGCAGAAUUUGUGGGACUCUACUCUAACAGAAGAUAAACUAGAUAUAUCGGCACCUAUGGCAUCUCUGGAGAGAAACAACAAAAUCCUGCUGGAGUUGGUGCAACAGCCGGGGAACAAGGUGUGUGCUGACUGCGGAGCUCCUGAGCCGGACUGGGCCUCGUACACUCUCGGUAUCUUUGUGUGUCUGAACUGCUCGGGGUUGCAUCGUAAUUUACCCGCCGUCAGCAGAGUCAAAUCCAUACGUCUGGAUCUCUGGGAAGAAUCCCUAGUAGAGUUCAUGCGGGAGAAGGGGAACUCUGCUGCCAAAGCCACUUUCGAGAAGUGUGUCCCUGCCUUUUUCUACCGGCCGCAGCAAAAAGACUGCAUAGUUCUCAAGGAUCAAUGGAUCCGCGCAAAGUAUGAAAGAAGAGAAUUCACCGGAGAAAAUACCUACUUUCAACAAUGUUAUUGCUCAGAUCUGUUUGAGGCCACACUAAUGAAGAAAGGCAAAGACAACAAGCAGUUUCUUAAGAGGAGCUUUCUUUUGUCCAAGAAAGACUUCACCCUCAGAUACUUCAUAAAAGAGGACUCCAAGGUUCCCAAAGCGGUCAUCAGCAUGAAGGAUCUGAACGCAGUUUUCCAGCCGGAGAAGAUCGGCCAUGCUCACGGCCUGCAGAUCUCCUACCUGCAGGAGGAACGCAUGAGGAAUCUGUUUGUCUACCAUGAGAGUGGGCAGGUCAUUGUAUCCCUAUUCAAUGCUAUCCGGGCAACACGCUUGGCCUACCUCCAGAAGAAACAUCCCACCCUUCAAGGCAGUGACUUUAUACCUCAGUUGACAAAUCACUGCCUGAAGGAGGGAUACAUGGAGAAAACCGGCCCAACGCAACGAGAGCCGUUCAAGAAAAGAUGGUUCACGCUGUGCUCCAUGAACAGAAAACUUCUGUAUUUUAAAACUCCACUGGAUGCUAUGGAGCUCGGCGCCGUCUUCAUUGGCACCGAGAGCCACAGCUACUCGGUCUCAGAGAGCAGUGGCAAGAGCUCGAGGGGGGGCCGGUGGCGCUGUGGCAUCACCCUGCAGACUCCAGGCCGACAGUUUGUGUUCCAGUGUGACCAGGAGCAGGAGCAGAGGGAGUGGGUGGAGGCACUGAGAAGGGUCAUCGCUCAGCCCAUGACCCCAGAGGACUAUGCUAAUGAAGCCAACCUGAUUAGGGGGAAAUGAGCAGAACACCUUUUUCUUGAGGUCGUUUUGGAACAUAACAGACUGAUCGCUUCACUUCCAAUCCUGCCAGUGAGGAUAGAGAGAAGUAGAACCAAAGACUCUUUCAUACCAGCAGGACUCUUCAUCUCCACUGACAAUAAACUCAACCCCAACACUUUGCAUAGGCUACAGCCUCUGUGCUUACUGUGCUACACUUUGGAGAAGUUCCUGCUGAUGAAAGCCUUCUCGUGUGGAGCACCAUGAAUACAAUGGAGCCAAAUGCUGUAUUUAUUAAAAACAGGGUCUGUAGAUUUUCACGCACAAUUUCUUUGUCUGUAGUAAUAUUGCACUUUUUUUUUUUAUUAAAUCUCUCUCACACUCA